CACUAUUGGUUCAUCCUCCGAGAUCCUCGGUACCGUGAAUUCCAUUCUGGCAUCAUUAUCUAAAGCGCGAUCGCGCAUAUCUACAUCUUUGCAUCUAAACCACCUCUUAUAAGGGCUGUACGAAAUGGCUUAACUGGUGAAGAGCCCGAUUACUACAAGCCUGGCGGAUUCCAUCCAAUCGCGCUUGGUGAUAGGUUUCAUAAUAACCAAUAUACCAUCCUGAGGAAACUGGGAUAUGGAUAGUAUUCUACAACAUCCGAGAUACGUUGCUCUCAAGAUGCUCCGAGCUGAUUGUUAUGGCGGCCAUCAUGAUAUUUUCGAAACAGAUAUACUGUUCAAAAUUUGGCAAGUGUCACAAAAGAGUUCUCAUCAAGGUCGAUCUCACGUAUUGCACUUGCUUGACAAGUUUACGCAUACUGGGCCAAACGGAGAGCAUGUUUGUCUCGUGUUCGACGUACUUGGCCAAUACUUAGAUUUCCAAACAGCAAAAUAUAAAGGCGGCAGACUGCCUGUGAAGUCAGUAAAGCUUUUGGAAAAACAGUUGUUGCUAGGAUUGGAUUAUCUUCAUACAGAGUGUGGCAUUAUCCAUACAGGUCUUAAACCAACAAAUAUACUUUUGGAAUUAGAAAAGCCCGAAGUUGCCAUGUCGAAAUAUCUCUCACUAGUAGCUCCACGAAUGACAGAAACCAAGCCACAGAUACCUCUUCGAGAGGCUAUCACAACACCACCGAUAUCCGAGAUUACACACCCCAAAGUUAGAAUUGUCGAUUUUGGCGUUGCGUCUUGGAGGACAAAGCACCUAGGAGACUUGAUACAGCCACAGGCCUUGAGGGCUCCAGAAGUAACAAUAGGGGCUCCAUGGGAUACUGGGGUCGACAUAUGGAGUCUUGGUUGUAUUCUUGUGGAACUUAUUCAACGAAUUGUUCUCUUCACGGGUACGCCUUCGGCGAGAGGGACUUGGACGGCCGAGGACGAUCACUUGGCACAGAUUAUCGAAGUUAUCGGCCCAUUCCCAACCUCAUUUCUUCAAUCGGAAAGCGAAGUAAAGAAUUGUUUGAUUCAAAAGGAAAUCUUCUUCGAAUUGACACUCUCAAAUUCACCAACCUUGAACGGCUAUUGAAUGGUGCCUCAGAACCCUUUUUGAAGCCUCAAGAUAUGGAUGACUAUGAAGUCGAUGUUUUUAUCGACUUUAUUAAGGGUAUGCUGAUAAUUGAUCCAAGGUCUCGAAAGACGGCUGCCGAACUUUUGCAGCACGAAUGGAUUCAAUAAUCAACAUAGCGAUGCUAUUGACAAAGAAAUGCCAGGCUAAGUGUAAGUUGUACUUUGCUACAUGUACCAUUAAUGUAUAUAAACUCUAUUCAGUGGCUAUAAAUA